CGCAGGCGACUGGUGUGCGAGUACAGGAGCGGGCCUCUCGGUCAAGCACGCCCGUACUGCAAAGGCGGGUCUGGACUGGAGGGGGCGCGGCGACGCGCUGACUGCCAACACCGAAGCCCAGGGAGUCACUGUGAGCGUGGGCAGCACGGAGCGAGGCGGUGAUACUGGCUCAACAUCUCUAAAUGCUCAAGACCAGACCUCGGCUGCGAAAUAAUGGCACGGCAAGUGACAGGAAUCGUCUGUGUUUGUCUCUGCAUUGCCCUGGCUUCGGCACGCAGCUCAACUACCACGACUGUGACCACAGCACCAGAGACUAUUACGCCUGAGGUGACGGAAGCAACAACAUUCAUCACCACACAGACGCCAACAACCAGCUCAACAGAAACGACCACAGUCGCACCAACGACGAACUCAACAGAAACGACGAACUCAACAGAAACGACGAACUCAACAGAAACGACCAACUCAACAGAAUCGACCAACUCAACAGAAACGACCAACUCAACAGAAACACCCACAGUCUCGUCAACAUCCAACUCGACAGAAACAACAGUGGAGAGGUCAACAAGCAAUGUAACACAGGAGGCCAAUUCAACACCUAUUUCCAGUGCACCACAAAAUACAACCACAGCUAUGACGCUGUCGAGCACAGCCACAGUCAGCCAGUCCAUCGCUGUAACGACAGCUGUGUUUUUGACGGAGAACUCUGCAACCACAACAAUGAAUGGCACAGUUUUGACUCCAAAAAGGCAACAACUAGACACGGGGCUGAUUGUUAUUAUUGUAAUUCUGGUGUUAAUUUUUCUUGUUGCGGUCCUCAUCACUGCUGUGAAAUACUCACAACAUGGAAAGCCCGAAUUUAAACGUCUCCAAGAAAUGCCAAUGAAUAGCUUAAAUGAAGAAGUGCCUUUCGCUCAGUAUCCACCCAAAUAAUCCUGAAACCUGUCUGUGCUGCCUGAAAAUGUUCUGGAAAUGACACAAAGCUCGACUGACACUUACUCACCAUCUCCUUCUCCUGUUUGUCUCUCCCUCAUUCUCUUCCCAUUUGAACCAUUAUUGCUUAGUAACCAUUUAACACAGAGAGUUAACCUCAUCUAACGUAACCUUUGUCAUAAAGCUUGCUCUGCUUUUGGUUUUGGCACUCUACAAUGGAAAUGAUAAUAUGAGGCUUCUAAUUUUGAAUGCAAGAUCACCACCACUGUGUGAACUCAACACUAUUCACAGGUAUCCAUUUUUCCCCCGGUGUUUGAUGUUGCAAAAGGAAUUUGGGUCCUGAGCCAUAAUAGGUUAAGGUUUGAAACUAAAUCUUUUCUCUUUGAACAGACUGUAUAUUUUUAUGGGAUUUCUACCUCUGUAGCAGUUCAUUUGAUUUUGUGACUUUCCUGAUAACGUGUUGGUGACUCAGAUAAGGAUUUGCAAUAAGAUAUGAACUUUUAUCUCCAUUCCCCUCCCCCCCACCACAAUAAGUGGAGCCAAAAAAAGCUUAACAGUGGGUGGGGCGUUGCUAGGUCAUUUUGAAGGAAAUAUAAUACUGUUUACAAAAAGCAAAACAAUAAUGUCUAAUUGCCACCAAUUUCGAUGAGGUUAAUGGCCCAGUCGGUUUGCAUUGUAGUAAUGGCAUAACAUAAGCAGCAGGGGAAAAGGGCAGGACUGAAAUAAAGAUCACUCUCGCUACAAUUAACUGCAACCUUUUUUGUCUGACUCUACAACAGCAAGGCAAACCAGGAGUAUCUCUAGACCACAUUGAGGCAGAAAAGGAAUUUUGGGACAUGAGAAAGUUUAGACAAAGGGAAUAGAUUUUCAAUAUUCUUCUGAAGGAAGGGAUGGAGGAUAGCAAUGUUUGUGGAGGGAACUCUGGAGCCUGCGAUCUUAAUCGUAGAAAGCAUAGCUGCCAAUACAGAAUUAAAUUCAAGGAUGAUCAAGUUGCCAGAGAAUGAGAAGAGAAAAAAAGAUCUCAGGGGUUAUGGAGAUAAGGAUGGGGAACAUGGAGGGAUAUGAAAUCAAGGAGAAUUUUAUAAACGUUGGUGAGAUAUGGGUUGAAAGAUGAGGUAGAACUGGUGUGCAUUAAAGUUCAAAGUAAGUUUAUUAUCUAAGUACAUAUAUGUCACUACAUGUGGUGACUACCCUGAAAUUCAUUUUGUUGCCAGCAUUCACAGCAUAUACAAAGAAACAACAGAAUCAAUGAAAAACUGCACACAAAGACCAAGAAACAGCCAAUGUGCAAAAUAUAGCAAACUGUGCAAAUACAGAAAGAAAAAGAAUAUAAUAGAUAAGUAAUAAAUAAUAUUGUGAACAGAGUUGUAGAGUCCUUGAAAAUGAGUCCAUAGCUUGUGGAAUUCCACUCAGUUUUGGGGUGAGUGAGGUUAUCCAUUAGUGUGUGAAUGACCAGAAGUACAUUAGAAAAGGCAGGAAUUGUGUAGAUACACUACUGAAUGAGCCAGUAUUGCUUCCAAUAUCAGUAUCCACAACAGAUUCUCCGUUACACAUUCAACCUCCCAACCUUGUACAUCCCGUUAACUUUGGGUGUCGUAAUGUAGAAUCUCAGAUCUGGUCAUGUCACACUGGACUUCAGUGUGCCACUCUCAGGAGAUCUCCCCAUGGUGACUGUCCUGAUGAUGGCAGUGAUUCGAUAAAGAGCACACUGAUCGCUAACUUUGAAGGUUAUGGGUUCAAAUCCCAUUCUGGGUACGGACCACCACUAGAGAACCAUACACUGUUGAAAGUGCUGAAUUCUGCUUGCUCUCUUAGGCAGAAGCUAUUGAAGAAAAUCAGGGGAGCUCCCCCGCCCCCCCCCCCCCCAGUACCCUGGCCCAUAUUUAUCCCUCGGUCAACUUCAUUUAGAAAUUAAUCCUUGGUUGGUUGUUCUAAACGUGGCAGAAAAACGCAUAUUUUGUUCUGCUCCUGAAAUUUAGUCAGUGGGUGGUAUGAUAGAAAAAGGAAAGAUUAGCUGCAUUUGUCACAUCAACAUCGAAGCAGACAACAAAAUGCAUCAUUUGUGUCAAGUCGUAUUAGCGAAGAUUGUGCUGGGAGAUAGCCUGUUAAGUGUCACUGUGCUUCCAAUGCCAACAUGGCAUACUCCUACUUACUAACCCUAAACUGUACAUCUCUAGAACAUCCAGAAGAAACCCAUACAGUCACGGGGAAUGUACAAGCUCUUUACAGACUACUGUGGGAAUCGAACUGGGUCAGUGUUCUGUAAAAUGAUUGCACUAGUUUCUGCACCACCCUGUGAUAGUGCAUCUGUUGGUGUUCCAGGGAGUUGGCUUUGAUCCUGAUUUCUGGUCAGAUCCUAUCUCCGUGGGUUUGCACAUGCCCCGAAUGCAUGGGAUUCCCCCCACGAUACUCUGAUUUCCAUCCAUGUCUCACAGGUCAAUUACCAUUAGUGUCGGUGUGUGGCGGGAGAGGAGAACCAGGGUGGAGCUGGUGGGUACCUGAGAGAGGAUAGGUUACAUAGGAACCAGUGGGGUGAAUGAGGUUGAUGUGAUUGCGCUGGCAGCUGGCAUAGAUCAAUGGGCUGAAUGACCUUCUUCCAAAUCAUAGAAAGCAUGAGAAAUAUCACAAAGCAUAUUUAGUGCAACUGACUUGGGGGUGAAUUUCUAGGCAGUUAAAUGCUCCUAACCAUGCUGCUGAAAUUGGGGAUUUUCUUAUACAAAUAGUUUGUUACAUUUUCACCACCAGUAAACACAUUUCCAAAGGGGGUAGAAAAGAACUGUGGGAUAUCCUGUAGGAGUUUGAAAUGCUCCCUAGUAAUGCUGGCUUGUUGAGAGGACAGUCAGACAGCGGUGGGACACUGGUACUGAGAAUCACUUUCGUCUUAUUGUUAGCAGGAGGUGGAGAUGAUCUGAAUACCCUGAGGUACAAAGAUGAGUUCUGACUAACCCUGGGUUGUGAGGGGCAAUUCUUCCAUCUCCAUGUUGGAAGAAUUUUAUUGAUUGUGAUUAUAAAUUUGACAAGUAUGAAUCAUUAAUAAAUAUUGCCUUA